AUGGCGGUCCUCACUCUGACUUGCCUGGCUCUGCUAUGCGUGAUAGUAGUAACGGUUGUGAAGGCCUUCCAUCGAGCACAUGCGUCUCCGUUGUCUCAUAUACCCAAUGCUGGCUGGGGGGCGGGGUACUCCCGGCUGAUAUGGGCCUUUCGCGAAGAAUACUGUGGCAAGAUCACCAUUGACCUGCCAAAGAUUCAUGAGAAACUAGGUAUCCCUCACCAUUUGCCUUUUGCUUUGUUCCCCGCAACUCACAAAUUCUGGGCAGGAUCCAUCGUUCGCAUUGGACCGAACGAGCUCUCGUUCUAUUCCAUCGACAUUUACGACCUGAUCCAUAGCGUCAAUAGCGGGUUUGCAAAAGACCCCCGGAAUUACGGCGAAUUUGUUCAAGACGGGCAUCCCGCCUUGUUCUCCAUCACAGACCCAGAGGAACAUUCGAAGAGGCGCAGGAUUCUUGGUCAGCUCUUCAGCCGCAGCAAGAUUGGAAACCUCGAAGGCCUCAUGCUGCAUCAUGUCAACGAGUUCGUCAGGGCGGUCGGUCAAAAACAGCGCCCUUUCGACGUUGGGCCCGCUUGUCGUGCUCUCGAAGCUGAUAUCAUUUGUAAGAUGACGUGGAGAGUCCAUGAUGUAAUGUCUCGACAAGUUUUGCUGACAAUGAUAGCGGAAUUCUCAUUUGGAGAAGCACUCAAUGCCAUUCGUUCCUGGUCCAAAGGACAUGAUACUCCGAUCGUUUCCAAGAACGACAAGAAAGCAACAUUCAUGCCCCUGGUCAGUCCCUCAACUGUUGACCAUGUUCUCGCUAACAAACUGCAGCUUAUGAAUUUCCCGGUUCUGUACGACCUUUGGUUAGGUGUUGAAGACAUAUUCUGCCACGUUGAGGGUUCGAAGAUAUCUACUCGAAAGGGACUGCAACAAUACGACCAGUGGACAAGCAAAGCAUGGGUCAAGAACAAAGACCCUGAGAGGAAAUCGCCAUUCCCGAAUCUCAUCAACGUCAUGGUCUCUGCUGGCGUGCCAACACAGACCGCCCUGUCUGAAGCCAAGGAAAAUCUCGGACCGGGGACAGAUACAACGUCUGCCUCUUUGGCACACAUCCUCUAUGCUCUUUCGAAAAAUACAACCUACCAAAAGAAGUUGUACCAAGACCUCGCACGGCUUGGGUUUCCCACAGACAUGGGCGCUUUGGAAAGUAUUCCCCGACUGAAGGCUUGUGUAAAGGAAGGUAUCCGCUGGGCUGGGGCAGCGGCCGCAAUGCUGCCCCGCGUGGUUCCGGAAGGCGGCGUUGAGCUUUGUGGGAAAUUCAUACCGGAAGGGACCGUCAUUACCUCCUCACCUAUCUGGUAUCUCAGAGACAAGUAUGCCUACCCAAACCCUGAGCUGUUCGACCCGUAUCGCUGGAUUGAUGAGACGGGAACAAUUCUUACCGAGAACGCACUGCGAGACAAGUUCUACGUUCCUUUUUCCAAGGGGCCCAAUAUUUGCAUUGGCAACCACUUCUCCUACUUUGAGCUGUUCUUAAGCUUGGCAAAGAUGGUGGAGAAUUUUAUUCUCAUCCACGCAGAUGAGGAUCGCGGUGGAUUGGCACAAGCAGCCGGGCUGAACAACUCCGACUGGCAGCCGGUUCAACUUCCCAUGAGAAAGGAGUGGGUCGCGGCAGUAGUGACGGAGCCACUACUUGUCACGGCCAUCCCGAGAAAUCGGGAGUGA